AUGCUAUGGCGCGCUUUGCCAUCACGCAUUUUUCAAGCUUCGAACACGUCGACCACCUUACGAUCGGGGGGAAGCAUUGCUUUCUGGACACCAUGGAAGCUUCGCGGCAUCAGCACCACUACGCCCCUAAGGGAAAUACAGAGCGAAGCACAGAGCGAAGAUGACACGAGCAUUAAGGACAAGUUGAGGAUGGUGCAAGUGGGGGAUAGUUCACAAAGCCAGCCUAGACAACCGACAAUACCCCAGUCGAAGCCACCACCAAGGCAUGUGUCGUAUACACGCUGUGCGAAAUUGUUGGCUCCGGACAACCCCUACGCGAACCAGAAGGUUAGUGUGAGUGGGAUGAUCAAGUCCAUUCGAAAACAGAAGCACGGCGCGUUUGCUCAUUUUACCGAUGGUUCUUGUUUCCAAGCUAUCCAGGUGGUUCUUGACCCAGAGCUUGCUGCACCACUCAACACGGGGACAUGCUUGCGCACAAGCGGCACCUGGACCGCUUCCCCGGCCAAGGGACAGUCACACGAACUCAGGGCGGAUGAUAUCCGAAUCUAUGGCGUUUCGGAUCCAGAGACAUACCCAAUACAAAAAAAAUAUCACAGUCCUGAGUUCCUUCGAACGGUGCCUCACCUUCGGAUGAGGACACCCUUUCACUCCUUCCUUGCUCGCUUUCGAUCUGGCUGCGCCUCCUUCUUGAACACAUACAUGUCAUACGCUAGUCAGAAAGGAGGCGGCUUUGUUCAGGUACAGCCUCCAAUUAUCACCUCGUCGGACUGCGAAGGGGCUGGUGAAGUCUUUACACUUGUUUCCAAUGCAGGGGCGUCAACACUCGAGCAAGACCAGGAACAAGGUGCAAAGCCAAGUCCGACAACUUUCUUCCGCACACCAAGAUAUCUCACGGUCUCCUCUCAACUCCACCUCGAAGCUUAUGCAGCUGACCUCCGGAACGUAUGGAGCCUAUCGCCAACAUUCCGAGCGGAAAAGAGUGAUACCCCCCGCCAUCUAGCAGAAUUCUACAUGCUAGAAGUAGAAGUGAGCUAUGCGAACUCUGUUCGCACUCUGACGGGCUUGGUCGAACAUCUCAUCAAGACUCUUGUAUAUCGACUGAAGAAAACACCGCAUUACCCUGAUUUGUUGCUUGCAGCUCGUGCUUCACACGAGGAAAAGGCAGAGGAAAAGGCGGAAGAGAUCGAGGAACGCUGGCGUGUAAUCUCUGGUGGCCGCUGGAAAUCUGCAAGCUAUUCAUAUUGUAUUAAUAGGCUGAAAGAAGCAGCCGAGGCCGAUGCGAGUCUAUUCGAACGGCAUCCCAAAUAUGGGUCAAGCUUAUACUUAGAGCAUGAAAAAUGGAUUGUCAAGAAUAUUGGUAAGGGAAGGCCCAUAUUUGUGACGCAUUAUCCCAGAGCGAUCAAACCCUUUUACAUGGCUCCCUCAACCAUGGCGAUAGAUCACAUCAGCUAUCCGAAUUACCGACCUCCAGGCGAUUCUCGGGAUAUUUUCGAUGACACGGAGACAGGCAAAGAUACUGUCGCAUGUUUUGACCUCCUGAUGCCAUUUGGCGUGAGCGAGAUCGCGGGAGGAAGUCUUCGAGAACAUCGGCUGGAAAAUCUGAUCCAGAACAUGCGCGAAGACGGCAUGCUGAAGCCUAAAGCUCCUCUAGCAUCAGCGGACCAUGUAACUGAUCCUGCUCACAAGGACAACGUUGAUGCCUAUCCUUUCCUGGAACCGGGUGAAUCACUCGGCUCUUUGAAAUGGUACGCCGAUCUACGACGAUAUGGCACCAUGCCCCAUGGAGGGUUUGGUAUCGGAUGGGAUCGACUCAUUGCGUACCUGACGGGUGUACAUAACCUCAGAGAUGUGGUACCGUUUCCAAGAAGUUUUGGGAGAGCUGAUUGUUGA